UUCCGUGACAGCCUGAGCUCGACUGAGGGUGACGACAGCCUUGACAGGACACUUCCUUACUCUCCACCCACUCACCUCUUCACCUAGCCAUGCGAGGUUCUGCCCCCACGCCUGAUUCACUGCUGUCAGCUCGAAGCCCCGCCUUCUCCUUUGAUACUUCACUGGUGCGUCGGUCUCCAGAGGAUGGAGGCACCUCAUUGGCUCCGCCCCCACGAGGGCGGUACCACCAGCUGACCAAUGCCACGUCCCAGGAGGUUUUGGUGACACCAGGCAGCUCGUCAUCCAAGUCCUGUCCCUCCUCUGAUGGAUCACCUGUGUACCUGAGGAGGAACAGGAGGCCCGACAGUGAAGUGUUGGUAUCAGGUGACUCCGACAGUCCAACCAUCGUCUUUGACAAAAAGACUAAGAGACGCUUCCUGGACCUGGGGGUCACACUCAGACGUUCCUACAUCAGGAGAAAAGAUAAAGACAAAUCCAGACUCUCUGUUGGCAGCAGGGAUCUGUCUCAGAGUCCGUCUCGAUCAUCUGGCUCGUUUGUCUCGUUCUCCUGGUUUUCUGAAGGACGGGGGACACCGUCCCCCCCCUCCUCCCCCCGCAGGUCUCAGUCACAGGAGUCGUCUCUCAGUGAAGACGUCUCUCCUACUGUUGACUCCGCCUCCUCCAGAUCCUCCCACCCGUACCACACACUGUCUCAGUCGUCUGAUGAGCCCGGUGAUGAGUACUGCGGUGGUGGCGUGUGGGCGUGGUCGACUCAGCAGGUGUGUGAGUGGCUGCGAGGCCUGGACAUGGAUCAGUACGUGUCAGAGUUCAGAGCCAGAGACGUGGACGGGGAGCAGCUGCUGCAGCUGGACGGCAGACAGCUGAAGGCUCUGGGCGUGGUCAGCUCGUCAGACCGCAGCGCGCUGAAGCGUCGCAUCAAAGACUUCCACAUGGUGGCAGCAAAGGAGAGAAAAGCUGCAGAGAAACAACGAAGAAGAGAGCAGGAGCAGCGCAAGAACUAACUGUCACCACCAGAGGGAGACACAGGACAAACAGAGAGUUUUGUACGGAAGCCACGCAGGGACAAACUUCAUCAUCAUCAUCAUCAUCAUCUUUAUUUAUGCAGUUCCAAUAAACUGCAGCAAAAGUGUUUUUAAAUCAA